UCUGAUAUCGCAGAAAGGAAAAUGGCGGCCCUUGGACGCACCGCUCGAUUGUUGCUGAGGUCUUCUUUGACUCAGGCCCAGCGUCAGCUCUCUGCCACGGCUCAUGGUGGACACAGCGGGCUAGCUGCGAAAUGGAGGAUGCUGAGUUUCCUUAUCGCUUUACCUGGUGUUGGAGUGUGCAUGUUGAACAUGUACCUGAAACAGCAGCAGCAUCAUACCCAUGAACGGCCAGAGUUUGUCCCAUACGCCCACCUCCGCAUCCGCACCAAGCCAUUUCCAUGGGGAGAUGGCAAGAAAACCCUUUUCCACAACCCACAUUUGAAUGCUCUCCCUGAUGGAUAUGAGGGCGAUGAGUAAAACCUCCCUCCAGACGUCGUCAUCACAGGGACCAGACCCUCAGCGUUUGUUAUCGGACCACACUCACGUUCACAGUUUACUCCUUUUUAUUCUCUCCAUUUUACCUCUGUGCUCUCUCAACACAGGGCACCCAAAACCGACCAUUUACUUUUCACUGGACCAUAAAAAAAAACCAAAAUGUCCACUUAAACUGAAUGACGUAAAUUAAUAAAGUAACUAUUAAAUA